UUCAGUGCGGACGUCAGGUCUUCGGUGGUUCAGUGUACUUCCAAGGUGUAAUUCCAUGGUUAGAGCAGGUUGAUUUGGUUUAAAUAUUUAGCUAGAUUUUGGCAUUUACGAGGAUAAUAACAGAAGCCGCUCAAAACAUUAGAACAUCUUCGACUGACGAGCACUGUGAUCCCAGAAUCAUCUAAACUCAGUCACCCAAAAGGUUGUGGCGUUGCCUAUAAUGGCAUCUCCAUGUGGUGUCCUGUCUGACGAGGAGGAGGUUAUGGCUGUGUUUGAAUCCACGGCAGCUGACAUUGGUGGCCUGGCGGGACCACGACUCAACGGGGUAACGCUGCCAGAGGUCUCCAUGAUCUCGCCGGGGCUAGACCCUCGACCGUCCAUCCGAGAGAAAGCCUUGGGGAAGCCUGGAGUGGCCAGACAAGGCAGCAGCGAUGAGGGCAGCAUGGACAAAGUCAAGGUGUUUUUGCGCAUCCGUCCUUUGACCGUGGAAGAACGGGGGAGAGGAGAGGAGCAGGGCUGUGUGUGCGUGCAGAAUGAAGAGAGCCUGAUGCUCAAAGCCCCCAAAGACUCACAAAAUAUGAAGAAUGCGGAGAGGGGGGUCACCCAAAGCAUUCACAAGUUCAGCUUCUCCAAGAUCUUUGGCCCAGACACUACACAGCAGGCCUUUUUCGAAAGCACCAUGAAGGACAUGGUAAAAGACGUCCUGAGGGGAGAAAGUCGUCUCCUCUACACGUACGGCGUCACCAAUUCCGGGAAGACGUACACCGUUCAGGGAGUGGGCCAUGAGGCAGGCCUCCUGCCCAGAGCCCUGGUGUCCGUGUUCCAGAAACUGCAGGGCCGGCUUUACGAGGCGGUCAACCUAAAGCCUGUCCUCUACCAGGAGGUACGCCAGCUGGAUGCCGACGAGGUCCGGGCUGAGGAGAUCCGCAGAGACUCUCUGCUCAAAGAGGAGGAAGGCACAUCUCGAAUGCGAGGGGGCACCAGCACCUGGGACAGUGGUGUCGGAGGCCUCUCUGUCACCAGCCACAUCGCCACCCAGCUUGAGGACUCGGACAACGUGUGCCUGGAGCCGGAAAGCCUGUCCCACAGUAGAGGGGAGGAGCUGGAGGAGGGGGUGCAGUUCUCUGUGUGGGUGUCCUUCUUUGAGAUCUACAACGAGUUCCUGUAUGACCUGCUGGAGGCGCCACCCUCCCUGCAGCCAAGAAAGAGGGCCACUCUGCGCCUCAGUGACGACAAGCAGGGGAACCCCUACGUGAAAGAUCUCACAUGGGUGCAGGUCCGCACUGCGGAUGAGGCUUGGCAGGUGCUCAAGGCCGGUCGAAAGAACCAGAGUUUCGCCAACACUCACCUCAACCACAACUCCAGCCGCAGCCACAGCAUCUUCUCCAUGCGCCUCCUGCACGUCCACCAGGAGACGGGCGGAGGACAGGCCACACACAUCAGCGAGUUGUCAGUGUGUGACUUAGCCGGCUCGGAGCGCUGUAAGGACCAGCGCAACGGGGAGCGGAUGAAGGAGGCCAACAAUAUCAACACGUCCCUGCACACUCUGGGCCGCUGUAUCUCCGCUCUGAGACACAACCAGAACAACAAGUCGCGACCCCCUCAGGUGGUACCGUUCAGGGACAGUAAACUGACGCGGGUGCUGCAGGGCUUCUUCUGCGGCCGCGGGCGCUCCAGCAUGGUGGUGAACAUCAACCCCUGCGCCUCGACCUACGACGAGACCCUCCAGGCCCUCAAGUUCUCUGCUAUCGCCACUCAGCUGGUUCACGGGCCGUCCUCCAAGACCAGGGUGGCCUACAUCCUGUCCCUGCUACGGGAGCCCCAGCCCCACCCUGACGACAGCAUUCUGACGGAGGAAGACAAGGACAGUGAGGACGAAGAGGGCGACGUCACCAUGUUUGAUUCAGAUGCUUUGCUGCGGGCCAUCGAGGUGCUGAAGAGAGAAGUUCAGCGCCAGAGGGAGGAGAAGGAGGCACUGGAGGCCUCCGUCAGGGAGCAGGUGUUCUCCGAGAUGAUGGAGGUGAUCUCUGGCAUGCAGGAGGACUUCAGCCAGACCCUGGACACGGAGAGGGCUCUGAUUGAGGAGAGGUUUGAAAACAAGAUCAACAACUUGCAGAAAAACCUCAAGAAAUACUACAACCAGGAAAUUGAGGAGCGAGAUGAAGAGAUUGAGGCUCUGACCGCAGCCCUGGAGAAGAAGCAACCAGGAUCCCUGGCAGAGCCAGCACCCCUCCCUCUCUUUCCGCCCCUGGAGCUGGGCGUGUCCAAUGGGCCUGCGCCUCGCCGCUCCCAGCGGCUGGCCUCCACAAGCGCGGGAGAGUUGAGCAGAGUAAGGGCCGAGCUGGACCAGUGCCGCGCCGAGCUGCAGGAGAAAACGCAAGAGCUGUGGCGUCUCCAGGGGCAGCUGGCAGUACCCGAGCCGUCCGACACCUUGACCAAUGCGGCCAACCGCAAACUGGUGGAGGGCCAGAGGAACCUGCGUCAGCUGCGGCUGGACCUGCAGAGGCUGGGCGUGAACCUGCAGUCGGGAGAGAGGGCGUGCUGCCGCAACACGGGCGGGGAGAGGCUGCGGCAUGCACUCGCGGCAGCGGACGAAACGCUGGCCAAACAGGACCAGACCCUGGUGGAGCUCCAGAACGGCCUGAUGCUGGUCAAGGCUGACCUGAGGAGGAAAGGCGAGAGCCUAGCCCAGAUGCAAAUGGGUCACAUGUCUCCCCGGGGCGGGGCCUCCGUCCCAUCUGGCUCCUGUAACAAGAGGGGCUGCGGGGCGGCCAACGGUGAGAACCAGCCGCCAGGGAAACGACCGUUCUUCCGUACCAUCUUCACGCCGAAAAACCAAAAGGAAUGCCCUCGCAACGACCAAGCCACACCCUACUCACGAAUCCUGCGCUCUCGCCAACAGUCUCCUCCGCCAAGCCCCGCCCCAGUCGGCCGGUAUCGGGUUACUAAGUGCUGACUUUAAAAAAAGAAAAAUCUGGAUGCUGUAUUUAUCCUCUGUAAUAUGCAAACCAAACUGUAAAUUUGUUGUGUUCCACAGUGUUGUCAGGGUUUAAAACUCUCUUUCGAGUGUAGUGUAUAUAUAUAUACACGGCAUGCAAGACAUUUCUCCUAUCUUUCCAGUAUUGAACAAUGUGUUUUGUUUCAGAUGUGAGAAUGUGUCAGAACACAGGCUAACAUGAUUGUAGGUUGUUGUAUGGAUGACUGAAACAUACUGGUGUCUUGCUUUUUGCACAUAUUCCCUCCUGCUUUAAGAGUUUGUUAUAUACAUCUGUCCUUUUGUCUAUUUGUUCUAAUACAUCCUUAAAUAUUAUCAAAGAACAGUUCAUUUAAAUUACAAUAAGGCACUGGUAUGUGGUCUUCGGAUGCCAUUAAACAGGAAUCCAUUCUUUAGUUUUGCCAGGCACGCUUUUCCAAAUGCAUUUGUAACAAAUCCCAUUGGUUUCCAGAGACUGGUUAGCAUUUCUUUGCACUUUUGGAUGACUUGGAAUUUAACAGAUGCAUUGAAAAUUGCCUAUGAAACCCACAAUGACUGCUGCCCUAGUGAGGCCACUGCGUUUAGAUUGACACUGUGCCUUCUUUGUAAUUUGUCUGAACUAGCCCUUACAGUUCACCUCAGAAAAUGUAAGUGGUACAACAGCAAUAUUGUAACUACAUUGUGCCUCAUUAAAAUCUUGGAAAAAUGCA